CUAAAAUGUUGAACUAUUCCUUUGAUAGCAUUGGUGCUAGCUUUAAAACUGCUAAAAACAGCUCGGUUCACCUAAGCUAACGCAGUUCCUAAGCUAAGUUUGUUCAGUCUUUCUUCUCCUGUAGGUGAAACUUCUACAGGAAUGGACUGAAUAAACACAUAAGCCUCUAAUAUCUGCUUUUAUACAACACUUAGCAUUUAGCUUCAUCUGUGCAUUCUGUUAGCAUUACUUUGUUUACAAAUGACAAUGUGUUGCUCAUGUAGCUAUUUUUAACUACACAUGAGCAGCUUCACUUGCAGCACAUACAGUUCACAACGUUAUCACACAGUAGUGUUGUGGAAAGUUACUCCGGUUUGAUUGACAGCUGAUUUCCCUCUCGGACGUCCAAUAGCGUAACAGGAAUCUCCCGCCCUCCCAGUGUGUGACGAGGCGUUCAGGUGUCAGUCGGUAAAUAUAGAAACCAUUGAGAUUCCUUGAAUUCCUCCACGUAACCACAAGGUGACGCUGAAGGUGCAACAACACACACAUAUUAACACACACUGUGUGUGUGUGUGUGUGCUGACCUUCAGUAACUGUGUGUGGGCUUGUUUUACUAUAUUCGUGGGGUCCAAAAUCCGGAGCCCACUAUACUUGUGGGGUCCUGACAGCUUUGUGGGGCCAAAAUGCUGGACCCCACAAGUUUAAAGGGCUUUUUGAGGGUUAAGACUUGGUUUUAGGUAGAAUUAAGUUAAGGUUCGGGUAAGGGGCUAGGGAAUGCAUCAUGUCAAUGACGGGUCCCCAUGAAGAUAGUGUCACAAGGCUGUGUGUUUGGUACACUAAACAACAACAAACACACAUUUGUAUAAAGACAGACGGAAACACAGAUUUUCCUCGUGUGACUGUCAUUAAAUUCUAUAUAAAAAGUUCAGAAAUCAAUACACUUUGUUGUUAUUAUGGUUGUGUCAAAGUGUAGUUAUUUUAUUAUAUAAAAAAUUGAUGUUUCAAUCCAAAAGGAAGAAAAAUUAAUACAUGGCAUUAUUUUUGACUGUAAAAAGGACGAAUAAAUGUGAGAAAAUGUGAUUUCAGUUGGACUUUAACAGCAGAGGAAAGUAAGUACAUCUACUCAAGUACUAUACUUAUAUAUAUAUAGUAUUUCCGUUUUAUGCUGCUUUAUACUUCUGCUCCGCAAAUAUUGUACUUUUUACUCCACUGCAUUUAUUUUCAUAACUUAUGUUACUUUGCAGAUUCAGACAAAACAUAAUCAACUAUUUAAUCAAUAAUAAUAUAUCACAAUUUAACUACCCAGCAGUAUAUGAAGAAGUUAAAAUGAGCUCCACCUUCACCAGCUGCAACAUUAAAGCGAAAACACAUUAAUGCAUCAAUACUUUUAAAUCUAUUCUGAUGGAAAUACUUUUGUAUUUUACUUCGAAUCCAGGACUUUUACUUGUAACAGAGUAUUUUUACACUGUGGUGCUGCUACUUUUACUUAAGUACAACAUCUGAAUACUUCUUCCAGCGCGCACACACUUGACUACUUAAAUACUUUUUAACGCAGAACAAUGUUCUGCUCUUCUUAAAUAAUAAAUAUAAUUUAUUCUCACCACCACGAAAGAAUCACACGACCAUUUACGCUUGCAGAAAUACAUUUAUUUUGUUAUAUAUCAUUAUUUGUUUAUGCAUUAUUUUCUGUAGUUUACUGUUAUUCUUGCUCCUGCAGCUUUGAUUUGGCCAAAAGGACCCAAACGCAGGACCAGGCUGCCUUUCUAUCUGCCUGAGUGGAGCAUCCAGGUGUGAGCAAUCACACCUCACCUGUUUCCAGCCUAAUUAAGAGGUUUGUUGAGAUCUCUACAGCCCGCUGCCUGAAUCUAAGUUUGAACGAUCCAGAGAGGCUGCUGUGGUGCUGCUCGGUGAGAGCUGAUCCAGUGUUUUCUCGUGCAGCGUUAGUGUGGAAACAGCCUGUAAAGUGUGAGACUUCGCACUAUUGGACGCUGUGUCCGAGUUUCAUCCUUUUUAAGGAGUGAGCGAGCGAGAGAGAGUGACACUCUCACUGCUGCCCUUCUCCCUACUUCUCGUAUCAUGCCUUCAGUCAUAAAACAGGGCUUAACAACACACACUGAGCACUGAACAAACUGAUCCUGGGGUUUGGAUGUCCGUCAGCAGCUGUUGUCGCAGGGAUUUUCUGGCUUUGGCAGGUGAGCGACGAACUCUUAUGUACAUUGUUGUCAUCUGCAUGUUUUGUAUGAAGAUAAGUCAGCACUGCUCUGGGCGGCGUUCAUCUACAUCAAGUUCAAAUAUAGUGAGCAGGCUUAGUCACCGCUAACUAAUUUUCACCAGUUGAAAACACAGCCGAGUGACAAUGGACCUUGGGCUGAACGGAGCCUCAAAACACCAGUCUGCAGAUCUGGGCCAACAGCAGCAUGGCGCCACCGUCAGCUUUCACAACAUCCACUACAAGGUGACACAGGGAGGAAGCUGUCUGUGUUGGAAGAAGGGUACGACCAAAGACAUCCUCAUCGACCUUAAUGGGAUCAUGAAGCCGGGUCUGAACGCCAUCAUGGGAGCGACAGGAAGCGGCAAGUCAUCGUUCCUGGAUGUUUUGGCAGCCCGGAAGGACCCUGCGGGCCUGUCGGGGGAGGUUUUGAUCGACGGAGCUCCUCAGCCUCCAAACUUCAAAUGUCUGUCUGGAUACGUGGUGCAGGACGACGUGGUGAUGGGAACUCUGACGGUCAGAGAGAACUUCAGCUUCUCUGCGGCGCUGCGUCUCCCAGCGGCCGUCUCUCAGCAGGAGAAAGAGCAAAAAGUCAACAAACUGAUCCAAGAGCUGGGACUGAGCCGAGUUGCCGACUCCAGGGUGGGCACGCAGCUGAUUCGUGGGAUCUCCGGAGGUGAGAGGAAGAGGACGAACAUCGGCAUGGAGCUGAUCAUCGACCCACCCGUCCUCUUUCUGGACGAACCCACCACGGGCCUCGACGCCAGCACCGCUAACUCGGUGCUGCUGCUGCUCAAGAGGAUGGCAAACAACGGUCGCACCAUCAUCCUGUCCAUCCACCAGCCUCGUUACUCCAUCUACCGCCUGUUCGACAGCCUCACCCUGCUGGUCAACGGCAAACAGGUUUACCAUGGCCCGGCACAGAGCGCACUGGAGUAUUUCUCAGACAUUGGAUACACCUGUGAGCCCCACAACAACCCUGCUGACUUCUUCCUGGACAUCAUUAAUGGAGACUCAACCGCCGUCGCCUUCAGCAGCAUGGACAAAGAAGUCCUGAAUACCCGUUUCUUCCAUCCAGAUUCAGACUCUGUGUCGAUGUCCAGACGGGGGAUCGAGGCCAAACUCGUAGAGGAAUACAGAAACUGCGACUACUUCAAACAGACCAAAGCAGAGCUGGAAAGGAUAAUUCAGGGUAAGCAGAUGACCACCACUGCUCCCUCCAGAACCAUCACUUACAACACCAGCUUCCUGACCCAGUUCAGAUGGGUUCUCAAGAGAACGUUCCGCAACCUCAUGCUCAACCCUCAGACCUCCUUUGCUCAGAUAGCAGUAACCUUGUUCCUCGCUCUGGUCGUAGGAGCCAUUUUCUUUGACGUCCAGGAGGAUCAAAGUGGAAUGCAGAACAGGUUUGGUGCGCUCUUCUUCAUCGUUGUGAAUCAGUGUUUCGGCUCCCUGUCAUCUGCUGAACUCUUCAUCUCGGAGAGAAAAAUCUUCGUUCAUGAGUAUAUCAGCGGUUACUACAGGCUGUCGGUGUACUUCCUGUGUAAGAUCCUGUCUGACAUCAUCACACUGAGGACCAUCCCCGCCAUCGUCUUCAGCAGCGUGGCGUACUUCAUGAUUGGUUUGAAACCGACGGCUGAAGCCUUCUUCCUCUUCAUGUUCACCGUGAUGCUGGUCGCCUACACGGCCACCGCCAUGGCUCUGGCCAUCUCAGCAGACCAGACGGUGGUGGCCAUCGCCAACAUCUUCAUGACCAUCGCCUGCGUCUUCAUGAUGAUCUUCGCAGGUUUGCUCGUGAAUCUGCCCUCCAUCGUCAGCUGGCUCGCUUGGUUAAAAUACUUAAGUAUACCACGAUAUGGCCUCAGUGCUCUGCAGAUUAAUGAGUUUUAUGGGCUGAAGUUCUGUCAGGGGUUAAACAGCAGCAUCAUUCCUCCUGGACUCUCUUGUACAGGUGAGGAGUUUCUGAAGGAGCAGGGUGUGGACUACUCCGCCUGGGGCCUCUGGCAGAACCACAUGGCCCUGGGCAUCAUGAUCGUCUGCUUCCUCGCCAUCGCUUACCUUAAGCUACGCUUCAUCAGGAAGUUCACGUAGACCUUCAUCAUCAUCGCCAGAAGACGACUUGUGACUGGAAGCGCUGCAGUUUAAAUGUGUGUGCAGCUCAGGACUGUUUGUUGCUUUGUAGUUUUUGUUAAUUUACAGUUGAUUCAUGUGAUAAAAUAAGAAACAGUAAUCCUCCAGAUGUUUAAUACUGACUUUUGUAAAAUGAAAUAUUAGUUGUUUAUCGAUGUUAUUACUCCUAACACCAAAGCACUUCAGUGUAUUAACUAUGAAACUAUCAUGAUUUUUGCACUUCAUUUUACAAGCCUUUUUUUUCACAGAAAUAGGAACUUUAUAUUUAAUAAAAUACUGAAUUU